AUAUUAUAUUCCAAUCAAAAUUUUAGCAAGAAAGUAAAAGUAUAAAAUCGUUUUUUUUCUGUGACAGUAAUCAGACUCGACGAAUUUGGAUUUUUAGUCCAAGGUCGGAGGAGAUAAAUUAACGAUAUUAUUGAAAGGGAGAACAAAAAAAAAAAGAGAAUCGGGUGUGGCAGAGGAAAGCACACAAACGGUUACAUAUUCUUAUGGCGAAAGUAUUUUUCGGUACUCGUUCGAAAUACGCCCUUGUACCCCACCUGAUUUCAGUUGGUUCGACUAUAUAAGAUUUCGGCUACGAAAGGAUCAGCACACAUUUGCUUUCAUACAUUGUUAAAGAAUCGAUCAAAAUCUACCUGACUCACAAUGUUCUCGAAGAUCAUAGUACUCGCUUGUGCUCUGGCAAUGUGCAAUGGAGGAGUAUUAUUACCAGAAGCAACUGGACAAUAUUCUUUGACAACUGCGGCUUUAACAUCAACAUCUGACAAUAUACUUCGUAGCACAGGAAAUUUGGCACAAAUUGCGACUCAGUCAAAAACAAUUUCCACGCCAUUUUCUAGCACUAGCAAAUCUGAUAUUCGUGUAACAAAUCCAGCGAUUUAUGCACAUGCUGCUCCAGUAGCAUACGCUGCAACACAUGCAGCACCCUUGGCAACACCAUUAGCUGCUGCUGCUCAACCAAGCACACUUCUUGGUGUCGCUUACUCCCCGGCAGUAGCUGUUUCACACAUGGCCUAUACCAGUCCCAUCGGUGUCUCUUACGCAUGGUAAUAGUUCAUUAUCCCGAAUUUCUUAGACCGCUAAUGCCAAUUUUUUAAUAUGACAAUUCGAUUCUACUUAUCAUUAUGAUUUAUACGUAUUUGGUAUACACUCAAUUUUUAUUUAUUAAAUAUAAUACACAUUGAAGUGUA